AUAAAGUAUAGUGCAUAGUGCAAAAUUAAAUCAGUCUGUUAACUACCGUUCAAGUCGUGUUAUUUCAGAGUUCUUACGGGGUUUUAAAGUGUAUACAAAUAUUUUACAAGUAUUAUAAAAUUAAGUUAUUUAUUUUACUUUAAUGAACACCGUAGUUCAUUUUUCUACCACUAGUUCUGAUAUUAGCGCAUACGUUAAUAAUUUGCUUAGAUAAAACUAUUUCACACUGUUAUUUAAAGUACAAUAUAUUUUUCUAUAAUUCAUCACCCAUCUAUUCGUUGAAGGGUAAAGUCUUGUUUCGCGAGUUUGACUAGUGUUCAUCAGUUUUCAUCAGACGUAAUCAUGUUCUCGUGUAAUAUAUGUGAUAAAACCUUUACAAUGAUUAAAAAUCUACACAGACAUGCCAAGUCACACGAUGUAUCCAAUAAGAUUUCAUGCAGUAUAUGCUCAGAAAUAUUUACGCGAAAAGAUAACCUCAUCAGGCAUAGCAAGGAUAAACAUCCUUCAAAUAUUGUAGUUCAACAACAACCAACCAUAACCAAGCAAGAAAUUCAAGAUUUUUUUACACCAGCUGAACACAUUUACGAUUAUAAUGUUCAAUCUCGCAAUGGUCAUAAGCGCCCAUAUCAUACGGAAAAUUCGAAUGAAGCAGCAAAUGCUAAAAAGACACGCAUGAGCAUCGUCAAGACACGAGGAUUCAUCAAGACAGGCACAUCGUUAUCGAAUAAAAUCAAUUGGUAUUACGUGAAAAAUACAGAUAACUUGACCAACUACAGAACAUUUUUAGAAUCAACAAAAAAAGACUUAAUAGAACUACUCAAGUCACUAUCAGCAAAACAAACAAUUAAAUAUAAUCUUAAAUUAGAAGCAACAUAUGAACGCCCGAACGUAGAAAAUUCAGCAGAGAAUAGAGCAUUUAAGACCUCAGCUAAGGAAAUGUUUAUAGAUACAGAUAUUGAAGCUAAAAUUAAUCAAGAUUUUGUCAACCUUUUGCUUGAAGAAGAAAUGUAUACUUCUAAAGGAAGUGGAUUUACACUACAAUCAAUAGAUGGUUUACUGUUAGGAGUAUAUAGUUAUUUCCCUAUGGGUGGUUCGUCUUAUAUUACACUUCCAGAGGACAUAAAAAAUAAAAAAGCAAUUAUCAAUCCCCAAAACUCAGACCAACAGUGCUUCAAGUGGGCAAUCAUAGCGAGACACGUUUCGGGUAAUGCCAAAAAUCAAGUGGCUGAAAAUUAUACAUCGCUCGAGGACAAAUAUAAUUUUUCUGGUUUAACAUUCCCAACACCUGUGAGGGAAAUAAAAACAUUUGAAAAAAAUAACCCGAAAAUAUCAGUCAACGUUUAUGGAUUAAAAAAAGAAAAGAAUAAGAAACAUAUUGUUUAUCCACUUAAGGUUGCGGAUGAAGAAAAAAAAUAUCAUUUUGAUCUCUUACUAAUUACUGAUGGUAAUAAAAGCCACUACACCUACAUUUCUAACCUUUCGAGGCUUGUGAGAUCACAAAAAACAUUACACGCCGAAAAUGUUGUAUUUUGCAAACGAUGUUUUACCAGUUUUGACAAUAUACAUACAAAAUAUAAGUUAAAAGGUCAGGCGGGACUUGAACAACACAAGUUGAUAUGUGGAGCACAUAAGCCAAUUCUGCCUAAGAUGCCUGAGCCCGGUACAUUGUUAGAGUUCGAUGGGUGGAGUAACACUGAAAGACAUCCGUUCGCGAUAUAUGCCGAUUUCGAGGCACUCCUUGUUAAAUGCGAAGAAAAAAAAGGCAAAAAAACAGCAGCUUUUCAAAAGCACGAGCCAAUGAGCUAUGGAGUAUUCGUAAAGGCUUCAGAAAACGUCCCCAUUGAGUUGCUUGAGAAAUAUGAGAUACCAACAUCACCUAUUAUUAAUCGCGGAAGCGAGUCACACCAGGAUGUAGCCAAGCGUUUCGUUGAUGAAGUGACAGAGAUCGCGAGAAGAGUUCAAGAUUUACUUAAAACAAAUAAACCCAUCAUAAUAACAGAAGAAGAGCAAAUAGCACAUGUAUCAAAAAGAAAAUUUAGGCAAACUUUAUGCAAUACUUGCAACCUGAAACUCCAAAAACCUAACUUUGUACCAUGCUUUCUACACAAUUUGUCUAAUUACGAUGCACAUUUCAUCGUAACCGAACUCGGAAAUGACACUAAAUCAAUCUCAGUGAUUCCGAACAGCGAAGAAAAAUACAUUUCAUUUUCAAAAAACGUUACCAACAACUUUUCAAUUCGAUUCAUAGACUCUUGUCGAUUCAUGGCAUCAAAAUUAUCAACACUCGCAGAAAAUUUAUUAACACCAGGUUUCGAGAAGUUCAGAGAAACCGCAAAAGCAUUCUUACCCAGAGAUAUGGAUCUCGUCACACGUAAGGGUGUUUACCCAUACGAGUUUACCGAUAGUUGGGACAAGUUAGAAGAAACGAUUUUGCCUCGGAAAGAAGAUUUUUAUAGCACAUUAACGGAAGAACAUAUAGACGAUGAGGAAUACGAACACGCAGUCACAGUAUGGAACCAUUUCAAAUGCAAAACCCUAGGAGAAUAUAGCGAUUUGUAUCUAAAAAUUGAUGUGCUGCUGUUGGCUGACGUGUUCGAAAAUUUCAGAGACAUGUGCAUUUCUACAUACAAUUUAGACCCUGUUUACUACUUUACAGCUCCAGGUUUUAGUUUUGACUGUAUGUUGAAAUAUACCAAAGUCAAACUAGAAUUACUCUCUGAUUUUGACACCCACUUAUUUUUUGAAAAUUCAAUCCGUGGUGGCCUCACACAAGCAAGUAUGAGGUACGCUAAAGCUAAUAAUGAAAAAACCCAAGAUUAUGAUCCAACAAAGUCAAAAUCAUGGAUAGUUUACCAAGAUUGCAACAAUUUGUACGGGUGGGCAAUGUCACAGCACAUGCCAUACGGUGACUUUAAAUGGGUGGAGCCUAAGUUAGACGGGUUAGAUGUUUUGACGCCGACGUCAGAUAUAGGCAGAGUGUAUGAGGUAGACAUAUCAUACCCUAAUGAACUCCAUGACUUACACAACGAUCUUCCAUUUUUACCUGAGAACAAAAUUCCUCCUGAUUCAAAAGUGAAAAAACUUAUGGCGACACUUCAUUCAAAAAAAAAUUACGUAAUCCAUUAUCGAAACCUGCAGCAAGCCAUAGCAAAUGGUUUAAUUGUAGAAAAAGUACACAGAGUUUUAGAGUUCAAACAAUCGGAUUGGCUUGCAAAAUACAUUAAAUUAAAUACUGAAAUGAGGAAGAACGCGAAGAAUGAAUUCGAAAAGGAUUUCUUCAAACUCUUAAACAAUGCCGUUUUUGGAAAAACCAUGGAAUCUUUACGGAAACGUUUUAAGAUGGAACUAGUUUCAUGUCCACAAAGAUUACAAAAACUAAUCAACAAGCAAACAUUUAAACAUUGUACGACAUACAGUGAAAAUCUUGCUGCUGUCUCAUUGGAAAACAAAAUUAUCAUGUUUAACAAGCCAAUAUAUAUAGGUUUCGCAGUAUUGGAUAUCAGUAAAACCAUGAUGUACGAUUACCAUUUUAAUGUAAUGAAGGCGCAUUAUGGUGAUAAUAUCAAUCUCAUGUAUACAGAUACAGAUUCACUGAUAUAUCACAUUAAGACUGACGAUUUUUACAAAGAUUUGAAGUGCAAUUCAAACUUACUUGACCGGAUGGAUACUUCAGAUUUGCCGAUAGACCAUCCAUGCUACAUUGCCGAACGAAAGAAAAUUCCAGGAUUGUUCUCCGAUGAGGGAAAGGGACAGCUAAUUACCCAGUUUAUCGCGCUUCGAGCAAAGUCAUACGCUUACAUUUUGAACGACAAGGAGAAAAUUAAGGCAAAAGGCGUCCGAGGGCACGUAGUUAAAAAUCACAUGACUUUCAAUGAUCAUUUCGAUUGCUGUUCGCGCCGGCGGUAG